AUGUACUGUGCUACCGAUAAAACGAUUCCCGGUGUGUCAUCGUCACAAUCUUCGAAGAACGUCAAAGAUGGCGUGACAAUGAGAGAAAAAAGGGGUGGCGCAAUGAGCAAAAUGCAGAAGCUUAGAAAACGCCUCUCCCUUAGCUUCGGUAGAUUAUCAACAAAAGACGAGCCUGACGGAGACGGUAGCGAGUGUCGUGGCCGGCAGCAGAACGGUGGCGGCCGCGGGAAGUUGCCUUACAACGGUUACUCCGAGGAGUGCCUCGACCGGCUCGAGCCCAACGGGAACAUACCACACGAUAAAGAGCCCCAUUAUGAAUGGAGCGGCGGCGGCGGCAAUGGCGAAUAUCGUGUAAGAAGACAACUGUCCGUGUCGUCGGACUCCAAGCUCCUUGACGAAGGUGCGAGGGAGGAGGCGAGGGUUGUCAUGAGGCCGAAACGGCCUCCUAGGCCCAAGUCAGAGGCCUUUUUAGGUCCUCACGACCACUCCAACCGACGUACCAAGCGGUUUAGUGCCUUUGGGGGUGACUCUCCAUUCGGGAAAUCCGAAGCUUACAUAAAACUCGAGCAACUUGGUGAGGGUUCCUACGCCACUGUUUAUAAAGGAUAUAGCAAUUUAACACAGCAAGUUGUGGCGUUGAAAGAGAUCAGACUGCAAGAAGAGGAGGGGGCUCCAUUUACUGCCAUUCGGGAGGCUUCCUUACUGAAGGAGUUGAAACAUGCGAAUAUUGUGACCCUCCAUGAUAUUGUGCACACUAGGGAGACGCUAACCUUCGUGUUUGAAUUUGUGGACACGGAUUUAUCACAAUACAUGGAGAGGCACCCUGGCGGGCUGAACCACCAUAAUGUAAGGCUCUACAUGUUCCAGUUGCUACGAGGACUCUCCUACUGCCAUAGGAGAAGAGUUUUACACAGGGAUGUGAAGCCCCAGAAUCUACUAAUAAGUUCCCACGGCGAGUUGAAACUUGCAGACUUCGGUCUGGCGCGAGCAAAGUCCGUGCCCAGUCACACGUACUCUCACGAAGUCGUCACGCUCUGGUACAGACCUCCUGAUGUGUUACUGGGCAGCACGGAGUACUCCACGUCGCUUGACAUGUGGGGCGUCGGCUGCAUAUUCGUGGAGAUGUUAUGUGGAGUGCCCACCUUCCCCGGAGUCAGGGACACACACGACCAACUAGAUAAAAUAUUUAAGGUGGUAGGAACACCAACUGAAGAAAGCUGGUCAGGCGUGAGCCGUUUACCAGGGCUUCGAGCUCAUGUGUCACGAUGGGGAACCUCCCCUGCGCGUGCACUGGGUGCUGCAUUCCCGCGUCUGCGCGACGCGGGCGGGACGCCGAGCGCCUGGCGGCCGCAUUAUUGCAAUCCGAUCCUUCAAGACGCCUGCCUGCCUUACGAGCACUACACCACGCUUACUUCGCUUCACUCCCACCGCGACUCAGGGACUUGCCUGACGAGGUAUCAAUAUUCACAGUAGAAGGCGUGUGCCUGCACCCCGAGACUCGGCACGCGACCAUCAAGUGA